AUGGAAGGCGGCAAAUGCCCAUUCAAAGAGUACGCGAAAAAAAAAAAAAAAAAAAAAGGAGAGAGAGAGAGAGAGAGAGAGAGAGAGAGAGAGAGAGAGAGAGAGAGAGAGAGAGAGGAGAGAAAGAGAGAGAUUGAGAGAGAGAGAGAGAGAGAGAGAGAGAGAGAGAGAGAGAGAGAGAGAGAGAGAGAGAGAGAGAGAGAACGCCUUGCUCAAAGACUAAGGCCAGAUUCACCGAGUCCGGUGGCAAGUAUCACCACUCUCACGCGAUUGGUCCAAAUAUUCACUCGGUUUUUGCCAGGAUUGGCUUCCGAGCUUCCAACCAAACCUACUGCCUGGGCUUUUGUCUGA